AUGCAAGCUACCACUUUGAUAUUGACGUGCUUACCUUUGUGGGUAUUGGGCCAAAAUUACUCUUCCACUGUUGAUUCGUUUACUGAGUUUGUCUUAAAUUCUAUUCAUAACUCUGAGUCUUAUCAAUUGCCAGUUAAUGCAUCAGAAUAUGAGCCAAAUAGUACAUCUAUAAAAGACUAUGGAACAUUCGACUUCAUCGUAAUCGGAACUGGAUCAGGAGGAUCAGUUGUGGCCAACAGUUUAUCAGAAAUAAAAAACUGGAAAAUCUUAGUACUAGAAGCUGGGUCAUUUGGAAAUGACAUUACAGACAUACCUUUAAUGUAUUACCCCUUGGUGUACAGUAAAUAUAAUUGGGGGUACAACAGUACACCACAAACUACGUCUUGUUUAGGAAUGAUAGACCACAAGUGCGCCUUGCCAAGAGGUAAAGGAGUCGGAGGAACAACCCUCAUAAACGGCCUAGUCUACUCCAGAGGCCACAAAAUAGAUUACGAUCGUUGGGAAGCCCUAGGAAAUCCCGGAUGGUCCUACAAAGACGUCCUGCCUUAUUUCAAAAAGGUCGAACACUUCAACCCCAUACCCCCAGUGCAAGCACCCGUAGACUUAGAGUAUCACGGUCGUGAUGGGUAUUUAAAUGUGGAAUUCCACAGGCCAACAUUGAAUCCGCAGCUGGAUGCCUUCCUGAAAGCCAACGAAGAAAUAGGCGUACCCAUUGAUGAUUACAACGCCAAUAAGAUUGCUGCUUCUCCGGCUCAGAUCAACACAAUCCGUGGCAAAAGAGAGGACGACGGCAAAGCCUUCCUGCGCCCAAUUUUAAACAACAGAAGCAACUUAAAGUUGUUAACUCAAAGUUACGUGACGAAAAUCUUGACAACAAAAACCACCAGAAGCAGGAUUAGGGCCACAGGAGUAAUUUUUAGCAGUAAUGGUACAUUGUAUCGUGCCAAUGCGACCAAGGAUGUUAUUGUAUCUGCCGGAGUAUACAACACGGCUCAGCUGCUAUUACUUUCUGGUGUAGGUCCGGCGAAGCACCUUAAAGAAAAGAAUGUGCCUCAAGUGGCCGACUUAGAAGUUGGCUCUUAUCUUAAGAAUCAUGCUGCUUUUUAUGGCUUGAUUUUUACCACUAACGCCUCUUUGCCUUCAGUACCAUACCAGCAGUACGUUAAAGACUACUUCAAUGGCGUUGGCGCACUGACAGUCCCAGGAGGCAAUCAAGGAGUAGGCUUCUACGAAUCCAACUUCACCAAGGGGACUGGCUACCCCGACAUUGAACUCAUGAUGAUCCCUUCGAAUGCCACCAACCCUUUGUCCAAAAGAGCAUUUUUAUUAACCCAGCAAACUUUCGAUGACGUGUGGGCCAAGCCCAAUCCACUAAGCAGCUUCGUUGUGUAUGUCAUAGCGUUGCACUCAAGAUCCACAGGGACGGUAAGACUCAAUGGAAACGACCCUUAUGCUUACCCUCAAAUUGACACCAGGUUUUUGUCCGACCCUGAUAAUAGAGACAUAGACACACUUUACCAAGGAAUACAAUUGACUUUAAAAUUAAUAAACACUGAAGCCUUCAAAAGUAUCAACGCCACCAUAACUGGAGGUCCACUAAGAGCCUGCAACCAACAUAAAUAUCUUUCUAAAGAUUACUGGUACUGUGCCCUCAGGCAAAUGUCGGUGGAUAUUUAUCACCCCAUUAGUACUUGUCCAAUGGGGCCGAAGCCAGAAAAAGGGGACAUUGUGGAUGCCAAUUUGACAGUUCACGGAUUUUCAAACUUGAGGGUUAUAGAUGCCAGCGUCAUACCUUUCCCAUUGUCUGGACAUCCUAAUGCUGCCGUCACAAUGGUUGCAGAAAAAGGCUCUGACAUUAUUAAAAGAAAUUACGGAGUACUAUAGUAAAAUACCUGUUACUUGGGAACCAUUAUUUAUUAUAAUUAAAUAAAUUAUACAAUAUUAUAAACCAUUUUUAUGUAAUUGUAACAGCCUCAAAUAAAGUAUACACAUUUC